AUGGGAAACAGAGCAGGUAGCUCCUCAUAUGUUGAAAAAGACAUUCAAACAGCAAACGAUGAAAAGAACAAGACCCCUCCUGAGUUGUAAAAUGGAGUAGUGACAGAUCGCCAAUGCACCGAUGUGUUCAUGUGCAUCAUAUUCACUGUAUUUUUCUGUGGGAUGUUUGCAACGGCUGCCUAUGGCUAUGCAAAGGGAGACCCAGUUAAACUCAUAACGCCUUUUGACUCUGAUGGCAAUUAAUGUGGACUGAAGGGAUCUGCUAUGGCAGACUACAAGGUCCUAUACUGGCCUAACUUGAAUAAUCUCGUCCUCAAUCCUAAUGGUUUAGAUCAGACUGUCUGUGUGAAGUACUGUCCUGACAAAGGGAAUCUAACUCAAUGUGUUCCUAAUACUCAAUUUUCAAGCUGUCCAGAGGCUGACUAUGAAUCCAAAAGAUACAUUGGUCGAUACUGUCUCCCAACUAAUUCAACUCUCAAGGAUUCUAUUAUAGACAAAUUUGCUAGCGGUAAUCUUGCCAGGUACUUUGGUGAUCUCGGAGCAGCUUGGUAUCUUUUCUUGAUAAUGGCUGGGAUAUCAACAACUCUAUGCUUGAUCUAUCUCAUCUUACUUAAGUGGAUUGCCAAGCCAAUGAUCUAUAUCUCACUAGUUCUCAUCUUUUUACUUCUACUUGGAGGAGGCUUUUAUGUGUUUUAUCUGGGAGUUAAGUAUGAAGGUAAAGACCAUACAAGGGCUGUAAUGAUAGGAAUGGGCAUAAUGCUUUGGAUUAUGUGCGGGUUGUUCCUACUAGCUAUUUGCUGCUGCUGGGGUGCAAUCAGACUAGCUGCUGCUAUUAUGCAAGCUGCUUCUGACUUCGUAAGAAAUACGCCUUAGAUAUUCUUUGUCCCAGCCAUCUUUUUCUUUAUCAUAAGCAGCUGGAUCGUCUUUUGGAUUAUUUCAGCAAUUUGGGUAUUUAGUGUUGGAACUAUUGAGAAAAGAGAUGGGAGUCCUUUUGCUGAAAUGAAAUGGGAAACAACUACAAGAUAUGUGUGGAUCUAUCACUUGUUUGGAUUACUCUGGAUCAGUGCUUUCAUAAUAGCUUGUGCUUAAUUCAUCAUUGCUGCAGUGGCUGCUUUAUGGUAUUUCUCUUAAGGUGGCUCUUCUGAUGAUAAAGGCAAAGCAAACCUUAGAAUGGGCAUCAAGUGGAUAUUCCGUUACCACGUUGGAUCAAUUGCUUUUGGUUCCCUACUUAUUGCAAUCAUGCAAAUGAUAAAGUUGAUCUUUGAGUAUUUAAGAAGAAAAACUCGUAAUCUCCAGGCUUAAAGCUGCAUUGCCAGGUGUAUGUGCUGCAUCAUUGGCUGCUUUAUUCAGUAUCUUGAUUCUUGUGUUAGAUUCAUUGCUAAGAAUGCCUAUAUUCAAAUGGCAUUAACUAGCAAGAAUUUCUGCACCUCAGCUAGAUUGGCUUUCAGUUUGGUGGUACGUAAUGCUGGUAGAUUCUCCAUGACUAAUUCAAUCGGAGGCAUCUUGAUAUUCUUAGGCAGACUUUUGAUUGCUGCAUUGAGUGCUUGGAUAGCUUACAUAAUCAUUAUGAAUUCGGACCUAAAAGACGAAGUUUACUCACCAGUUUUCCCCAUUAUUGUGGUAGUUAUCAUAGCUACACCCAGAAAGUCUUAAAGAAUUCCUAGAAAUAAACGACAAGCUGCAUGCAAAUAGAACCAAAGUUCAAGACAAUCAUUCUUUAUCAUACUCAGAAGUAAAUCAAACUCACAAGACUGA